GUACACACACAGUCGACUAGGUACCUCAUUGUAGCUCAGGGCUGUAUUCUCAGACACCCGGUAUCUUGCGAGUAAAACAUUCCAGGGUUAAUAUAAAUCACCUACCUAGUAACAUUGCCCGCGCUAGAAAGCGUAGGCGUACUUGGGGCUGUGUGAAAUAGAAUAUCGAGGUCGUAUACAUCGCAUGGGUGCUGAGAGCCUGAGAUAUAGAACAUGUAUUACCGUACCCAUGGAUAUCUUCACCCACUUACCUGGAGACUUUUCUUCUGCCGAAUAUCACCAAAUUAUUUGUAGAUACAAGCGCGAGAAUGCAGCUGUCUUGUUUGCUUUUUCUACCUGUUUUGCUAUCUAGCAUUACUGCAUUACCGACAAAUCCACAUGUUGAUCAGUCAUCACCCCUGUCAAGCCAACUCAACGCAACUGCCAUCGCGCUGAACGCCUUAAAUGAAGCUUCUCACGCAGAAUUAGCUCUCUUUCAGUCUCGGCUUUCAAACAUCUCGGAGGAAGUAGAUGCACUCGCCGAUUUCCCUUCAAACAGUACUAGUCCUGCAGAGAGAGCUCAAGUUGCAUGCCAGGUGGCCGAAUUAUUGUUCCAAAAUGUAACCACGAAAGAGGAUCCAACGUAUGAUAGCGAGCGGGAAAUCAACUGGUCUCAGACGUGUUGGCUUCCGGCUGCGUGCUUCGUCAAACCUCAAAAUGGUCUUGAAGUUGCCAUUGCCCUUAAGUUGACUGCUCAUAUCAAAUCAAAAUUUGCCGUUAGGAGUGGUGGUCAUAAUCCUAAUGCUGGCUUUGGUAGUGUGGAUGAGACUGGACUACUUAUAGAUCUCCAACGCCUACAAACGAUGGAUUUGACCCCGGAAGGAAAGUUGAAUGUCGGAGCUGGUGCUCGAUGGACCUCGAUAUACGAUUUUCUCGACAGUCAUGGCUUAGGUGCAGUUGGGGCAAGAAAAAACGAUAUCGGAGUAUCGGGGUUCCUUCUCGGAGGGGGCAUGUCAUUCUUUCCUAAUUUAUAUGGCCUAGGUGCAGAUAACGUGGAAAAUUUCCGAGUUGUUUUAGCCAACUCUACAAUUGUGAAUGCAAAUGCGACUAGUAAUCAGGAUCUCUUCAGGGCACUCAAGGGUGGCGCAUCAAACUUCGGUGUUGUGAUCGAGUUUCAGAUUGCUACUCACAAUAUCCAAAACAUAUGGUUCUCGAUGGAUAUAUAUUCUCCAGAGGACUAUGAGCACAUCAUAGACACAACGAUUCAAGUCCAAGCAGCGAUGGAAGACGACCCAAAAUUAGGCUUUUUUGUCAAUGUCAACCCAGAAGGCAUACUAGUGGGCAAAUUCUACGCAGAGUGGAGCCCUUUGCCUGCAGCCUUCCGUGGCUUCAACACCAUUGUUCCGAUUCAGACCUUUGCUCCAGAAACAAAUGGAACUCUGAAAGAUCUGGUGUCAGCGCUCGACGCCAUCUCUAUGGUCGCCAAACGAGAGCCCCAUGUAGUAGGUUAUGGCGUAGACCUUGACCUUUACACCGACAUUCAUGAACAAUACCUUGGAUUGCUUAACUCAUCCAAUGCGUCUUCAGCAGCUCUUUCGUAUACAAUUCAACCAAUAGGCAGCGCUUGUGUCGAGGCAGGCAGGGAACGCGGUGGAAAUUCUCUUGGGUUGGAGCUUGCUCCACAAACUUGGCUCGGUAUACUCGUGGAGUGGACAUCGGACGCAGACGAUAUCAGUGCCCACAACAUGGUUAAUUCGAUGGGCGCGAAUGUCAAGGCUAUCGCAGAAUCCAGAAAUACUUUACUUGAAUACCAAUUCAUGAACGACGCUUCGUAUGUCCAGCAACCGAUACGAAGUUACGGAUCGGAGUCCUUCAAGGCAAUGCAAGCCGCCAGUGCGGCUUAUGACCCUGAAGAAGUAUUUCAGAAGCUGCAGAACUCAGGAUUUCUAUUGUCUCGCUCUUAAGUGUAAAAUUAUUGUUUAAAAUAAUAUGUAAUCAAGAGGCUGUAGUAUAUACUGUAUUAGGAUGGUGUCAUUGAUGGGAGAUGAGCUAUUGUAGUUACAUGGCUGAGAAUCCAGGUUGCGCGGGUGUGACCACCAAGUCGUCAGCUUGUACGACCGACAGGCCGGAACAGCUACUUAGCAAGGAAGGCAACCAACCAAUCCCUUCUUGUUUCUGGUAUCAUGU